GGCAGUACUCAGUCUACCACCGGCGGUAACCAGAGCGAUCGCAUUUCUUCGCCGAUUCCGCCACAACGAGCAUCGCUGUCAGUGACGCGAAAUUUCAUGGUAUCUGAAGCCAACGGGGUGAACAAUCAUGAUGGUGCUCUCGAUCGCUCCUCUCGGUUUGCUUCUAGUCGCGGGACUCUGCCUCAGCCAAAACUUCGGCUACGAAGGAAAUGACGAUCCAUCGCACUGGGGUGAGAAGUUCGAGACAUGCGUGGGUAAACGCCAGUCGCCCAUUAACAUCGAGGACAGCAAUGUCAAGAACGUCACUCUACCGCCGUUGAAAUUGUAUUACGCUAAGAAACAUUGCAGAGCGACGACCAUCGUCAACAAUGGGCACACGGUUAUGCUGCAAUCCAACUGCCAUCCGGUGAAGGUGAAUGGAGGACCUCUGGGAAACGAUAUGUAUGUGUUCGAGCAGUUACACUUCCAUUGGGGUAAGAACGAUAACGAAGGAUCCGAGACCCUGAUUAACAAUCAGUCGUCCGCGAUGGAGUGCCAUGCUGUGUUUCGGAAGGAAGAUUACAAAUCGAUGAACGAGGCUCUUAACUACCAAGAUGGUCUGGCUGUUGUAGGAUUUAUGUACGAUGUAAAGCAAAGAGCAGAUCCGAUGAUCGAAUCUAUUGUGACAGCAUUACCGGGUGUACAAGAACCGGAUAAGAAGAAGCAAUUGUACAAACCCUUCUCGGUGGUGGAUCUUCUUGCGCAAGGCAUCUCAAGUCAAUGUUAUUACACGUACAACGGUUCACUAACCACUCCACCUUGCUUGGAGGUUGUUAGGUGGAUCGUUCUCAAGCAUCCCCGAUAUUUGUCACCUGCCCAGUUGGCUGCCUUCCGCCAGGUACAUACACACGAAGGUACUGAGAUGACCCAUAAUUUCCGACCAACGCAGCCUCUAUGGGACCGAGAAGUUUUCGAAAACAUUCCGAACGAGCAGCAUUCCGGACAGCGUAAUAACAAAUCGCCGCUGCCCUUGAUGGUGUUAGAGACUCUACUGGGGUUCCUCUUGUCGUAUUCCGUAUAAAAAUCUAACGGAAUAUGCUCUAGUCAACAGCGUUCACCAAUUGUUAUUUUAAUCCUUAAAUAAAAUGAUGAAUAUUAAAUAUUAUUAAGCAAAAAAUAGAAUCACGUUUAAUCUUGCCAUAUCGUUCGAGGAUUAAGAUGUUCAAUUGGGCGAAUGCUCCGAUGUGAAUUCUCACGGCUCUAUGAGGAUCGCAUUUAACUGAUAUGUCAGGAUAUGUUUUAUGUAAUAUGAUUUGGAUUUUUAGUAUUAUACUUUAAUAUCUUAAUGUGUGCUCGAUGUUGUUGUAAUGUGUAUGGUUUAAAAUU